AUGGACGACCCUCUGGACACCCAUCCGGACAAGCUAUUCACCUCCGCUCCGCCCGAUAGCAUGAACGAGCCCGAUAGCAUGAACGAGCCCGAUAGCAUGAACAAGCCCGAUAUCAUGAAUGAGCCUGAUAUCAUGAACGACCCCGACUUCGCACCGCCUCCGCCGCAACGACGAGAUACUGCUGCAUCUUCCACAGUCGGAGGAGAGACAUGCCGCAUAUGUCGCAGCGAAGGCACGCCGGACGAGCCUCUGUUCUACCCAUGCAAAUGCAGCGGCAGUAUCAAGUUCGUCCACCAGGAAUGCCUGAUGGAGUGGCUCUCGCACUCCCACAAGAAGCACUGCGAGCUAUGCAAGACACCUUUUCGCUUCACCAAGCUCUACGAUGCGAACAUGCCUAAGAGCCUGCCAUGGCACGUGUUCAUCGGACGAGCAUGUCUGCAUCUGGCGACCAUGUUCAUAAGAGGUUGUAGAGGUCUACUCGUGGCGACUGUUUGGCUGGUCAUUCUGCCAUACCUCAUCCGCUGGGCUUGGAGGUGGAUGUUCUGGGCUGCUGAUGCCGGUUGGGCAAGACAAGCGUAUUUGGACAAGAUGCGGGAAGCACAGGCGGCGCAGACCAAUAGCAUGGACAUGAUGAGCGAUUCCGUCAAUAGCACGGACUCCAUGACAUUGGCUGGAUCGCUGGUAGGUGUCUUUGAACAAUUCUGGAAUACACAAUCUGCGUCAGGUGCAGGCGAAGGCACGUUGCAAGGAAAGACGAUGCAGUUGGUGAAGGGUGCUCUGACAUCUGCAUUUAAGAACGCCACGUUGACAACCAACGGUACGAACGCCUCGGACUACUGGCCGCCAACAGAUGGCUCGAUACUGUCCUCAUGGAUGUACAUAUCCGAGACCACGUCGAAUACACACGUCAAUCGCGUUAUCUUGGACAUAUUCGAGGGACAACUGAUCACAUGUGUGGUGAUCAUGGGAUUUAUCUUGGUCUUCUUGAUCCGCGAAUGGGUGGUACAACAGCAGCCGCUCGUCAACCUGAAUGCGAACAAUGGCCAGGGAGAGCGCGAGCGGCUUCAGCGCGAGCAAGAACGACUUCAAAGACAAGCCGAGCUGCUGGAGCAGGCGCGUCUGCGGCUCUUGGCUUUACAAAAUGAAGCCCAAGCGCUUCACAAUGCGCAUGAGACAGGUCAAUACGUUCCCCGGAUCAAGUUUGGCGGUCUGGACGCGCUGGAAAUUUUGGUAGAUAAUGCAACAGAACAUCUGCGCGAUUGCUUCAGUCAAUAUGACGACGCAGCGUACAAUAGGUUCGUACGUCAGGCAACCCUGGUGAUGUGGCAGAUACGCGCAGCGGAGACUAGCGGAGUCGACGUCUCAGAGAUCGCAGACAAAGUAUAUGCAAAACUUGCUACUUUGGCAGCGCCGGAGCGCCAAGCUUGGGAAGAGAUUCUGGUGUCUGAAUUGAAGACUGCAGGAGUUACAGAUGCACAGGCGGUCGACGCGACGAGCACUGCGACGAACACAUCUGAUUUGCACACCGAGGCCGACGGGUCAUCGCCCACACCAACAGUGGACCUUUCUUCUCCACGCCCACAGAUGCCUCAUCGGGACACAUCGUCGCGUGCUAACCACAUUCAACGAGUUCUCGCAGAAGCCGACCAUGCGUUGGCUUCGCAAGACCGCUGCAGUGCAAGCCCGUUGUCACCUGCGAGUACGGCUGUGGAACCUCCAACAGAAACCGCUAGUAUCGGCAGUGCAUCAUCGACAGAAGGUAGCUGGCUCCAACUUGGGCCUCCCAAUGAAAAUGCUGGGUCUGCGGAGUCUGGCGAGAUCGAAGACGACUACGAGAUAUUUCAAUACGACUAUGACGAGAUACCAAUCACCAAUGCCGGCCCAGACGCCAGGAUAAACAUCAAGCGGAGCGGCAGACGCAAUGGUCGUCCCGUCGUGCCCGAGCCAAAGGCAGGAGAGGGAAAGAUCGUGAGCACAGAGGAGUUGGAGCGAAGGUUAGGGCAGGAGUCUGCACCAGCCGAAAGCAAUGCACCACCAAGAACAUCAGGACAGGCCGCUGCACCAGAUCUUGCCUUGGCUGGACGUACCGACAAUCCCUUUCACCCUGAUGGCAUGGUUCAGGAGCGUGAAAGAACUGAAGAGGAUGAUGUCGUGGCAGGUUUGGGCAGUGCUACUGCUGAGGACAGUGUAGACGACGAGAUGGCCUCUUCGCUGAAUGUUUUGGGAGGGAGUCAUUCCAGCUUGGACGGGACUGCGGAGCCAGCUAGGGAGGAUGAUAGCCCCAACGCAGAAGAACCUGCGCAUCCUCAUCAAGUCAUAGCAAACCCCACGCUCUUUCAACGUCUCGCCGAUUGGUUCUGGGGGGAUAUCCAGCCUCAAGCGGCGCCGGAACCAGUACCGCUACCCAACGAAGAAUUGGUUGAUGAUCAUAUCGACAACGACGCAGCGCCAUUCGUCCCCGUCAAUCAUGAUCACAAUGAUGCUGGAAAUGCUCUCCUACUCGACGAGCCAGCAGAAAACGACCUGGAAGUGGUAGCAGCGGCACAGCAAGCAGGCCUGGAUGCUGAGGCCAUCGAGGAGGCAGAAGAUUUGGAGGGCGUUUUUGAGCUCAUCGGACUACAAGGACCUCUGAUCGGACUCUUCCAAACAUCAUGUUUCUGCUGCGUUCUGGUCACUGGCUCUGUUCUUGGUGCUGUCGGUCUGCCAUACGUAUGGGGCAAGCUUGUCCUGUCGUUCGUGGGUGCACCGAUGACUUUCCUCAUCACGACCCCUUUGCAGGUGGCAGCUUUCGUGACCGACCUGGUUGUGGAUGUCACAUUGUUCAUCGCAGGCUGGUUCGCGAUCGUUGCUGCCAUGCUGAACAAUCUCGUCCUUACUACUUUACAGCUCUGGCUACCAAAAGUGGCUGAUUACAAUGUCACCGACUGGAUCUCGGAAAAGGCAGCUUCCACUGCUUGGACAGCGGGUCGCCGACUUCAGAGCAUGUUCAUGUCAUCCGGACAAGCAAACGUUGCGAACGCGCCAGGCUGGCACUGGGCGCUUCUUACAGGAUCCGUCCACGCCCACUCAUCUCUCAAGACCAUCGAGCAAGAGGUCAAUGCUGUGCUGAACUAUAUCGGGAGUGUCAUCACAUCGUUUGCUGAGCUCCUGUCGACUGGUUCUGCAUCGAUGAUUUGGCAGCAGUGCAUGGAUGUGUUGGCUCAAAUAUCUGGAAUGCCUGCCAGGCUUCUGGCUGGGGUUGAGGUAGCACAAGAAUACCUUCAACCACUACUCGAUAUCUUCAGCGGGCUUCGGAAGGGUGCCUUGACGCUUCGCCACGAGCACGUCCCUUUGGACCCAUCUCUGGUCUUUUGGAGUAACUCAGAUCGGGGCCUGGCUAUUUGUGCAGGUUACGGCGCGCUGGCAGUCAUCGCUGCUGUGUACGUCGCCAUCGAUAAGCCAAUUACCUCGUCACAAGCUGGGCAGAAGACUGAGAAGGUCAUUCGCGAUACUCUUCGACAGGCUGGUGGCGUCCUGAAAGUCAUUCUCAUCAUCAGCAUAGAGAUGUUGGUUUUUCCACUCUACUGCGGGAUGCUACUCGACCUUGCCUUCCUGCCAUUGUUCCAGCAUGAGUCCGCCGCCACCCGAUGGGCAUUUGCGGUGCGAUCGCCAUACCUCUUCUGCUUCGUGCACUGGUUUGUGGGUACUUGCUACAUGUUCCACUUCGCACUAUUCGUCGGCAUGUGUCGCAAGAUUCUGCGCAAAGGUGUCCUGUGGUUCAUUCGAGAUCCCGAUGAUCCGACCUUCCACCCAGUCAGGGACGUAUUGGAGCGGAACAUCACCACGCAGCUGCGUAAGAUUGCGUUCAGCGCGCUUGUGUAUGGCGCUCUGGUCAUACUGUGCCUCGGAGGUGCUAUCUGGUCUAUUGAACGACUGUUCAGAGGCAUAUUCCCGAUUCACUGGGUGUCGACCGAGCCCAUACUGGAGUUCCCACUUGACCUGUUCCUAUACAUGUUCGUAACUCCCUUGCUCAUCCGACAGCUGGAAGUGUCGAAGGUUGUCAGUACAAUGUACUCUUGGUGGCUCAAGCAUUGCGCGAGAGCGCUACGCUUAUCGCACUUUCUAUUCGACGAGCGUCGCAGGGAUGAGGAAGGCAGACAUAUCCGACAAACAUGGACAGACUUGCUGCUCAUGAGGAAGGCGGCUCCUGAAGCAACGAUGCCGCCAACCGAGAGUAAAUCAACUGAGGAGUCCACAUCGUCGACAAUCCAAUUCAGGAAAGACGGGAAGUAUGUACUCACCCCCUGCAACGACUCUUAUCGGCCUCCAAAGCCAGGCGAGGCAUUCAUUCACUCCGAGGCUGACGAUGUUUACAUCGUGGACAAAGAUGGCAAGAAGAACGAUCAUUUCUCAAAGAUCUACGUCCCACCUCACUUCCGACUCCGCAUAUCACUCUUCAUGGUCUGCCUUUGGCUGUUCUCAGCUUUCACGGGCAUCUGCGUCACGCUCAUGCCACUAGCUCUCGGCCGUCACAUCUUCCACUCAUCUUUACCGGAAGGGGUACGAGUCAAUGACAUAUAUGCGUACUCUGUCGGCGUCUACAUUCUCGGCGCUGCACUCUUCGCAGCGCUCAAGGGCCCGGUCGCCGCGAAAUACGUGCGCGAUAAGGCGACAGCGAUUGACAUGAAAGCAUGGCUUGCCUCAGCGAAGCAUUAUGGGUUGCGCGCGCUGAAGUGCGUGUACCUUUAUGGCUUUCUGUUGGUUCUCCCCCUCGCGAUUGCCACAUUGCUGCACUUCUAUGUCAUCGUCCCGCUGCACACCUACAUGGAUGCCUCUUUCCAGCCAAUCCUGGACGCAGCAGCCGACGACGGUACCAGCAUCUCAUCGCACAUGAACCAGACUGUUGCCGACCUGAGCACGACCCAGGCUGCACGGCAUCUACCGAAACUCACCGAUCAUGUCAUCCACAUUGUCUCCGACUACGCCCUAUCGCUCCUCUACCUCCGCAUCGCAGCGCGCUACAUCAUAACAGCACCAGCCUCCCGCGCGGCCGAAGCUGUCCGCAUCAUCACAGCAGACGGAUACCUCAACCCCAACAUCGGCUUGGCGACACGUUUCUUCAUCCUCCCUACAACCCUCGUCGCUAUCCUUCUCCUGUGCACCCCCCUCGGACUCGCGCAAGCAUUCAUCGCGACAAUGUCUUACACGCAGGUUGCUGUCGACGAUGUUUUGAAGACGUUAAUCUAUCGAUACUCGUACCCGUUAGCGGCGGGAUGCGUCAUGCUUAUCUUUGGGAUUGCGGAGCUGGCGAAUGCUACGAGUCGGUGGAGGGCGAGGAUUAGAGAUGAGGUGUAUUUGGUUGGGGAGAGGUUGCAUAAUUUUGGCGAGAAGAGGCCGCCGAGUGGGAGUAAGAGUGUGGUGAGGAAGGAGAAGUGA